GUCCGCGUCCAGGCGCUUCUGUGCGGGGUCCUGCCGCGCCGGCGGGGGCGACCCGGGUGCCGGCGCCGUGCGGGCGACACGCGCGUCUCUGCGGGGCUGCGCGGGGUCCGCGGAGCGGCUGGGGGCGCGCGGCGCGGGCGCGGCGCUGGGCGCGGGGGGCGCUCCCGGCCGGGAUGAGCUCACCGCAGUCGCGCCGGGGCUGAGCGCCGAGCGGGGCGGCGGCGGGGCGGCGGCGGGGCGGGCGGCGGCUCCUCGGCGGCUCCGCGGCGGCCCGGGCCGCGCGCCACCAUGCUGGGCCUGGACGCGUGCGAGCUGGGGGCGCAGCUGCUGGAGCUGCUCCGGCUGGCGCUGUGCGCCCGAGGGUCUGCUAGUGGCUGCUGCUCACGCCCCUCCCCACCCCCAGUCCUCCUGGCUGACAAGGAGGGUGGGCCGCCGGCAGUGGACGAGGUGUUGGAUGAGGCUGUGCCCGAGUACCGGGCGCCGGGGAGGAAGAGCCUCUUGGAGAUCCGGCAGCUGGACCCGGACGACAGGAGCCUGGCCAAGUACAAGCGGGUGCUGCUGGGGCCCCUGCCACCGGCCGUGGACCCAAGCCUGCCCAAUGUGCAGGUGACCAGGCUGACACUGCUGUCGGAACAGGCUCCAGGGCCCGUCGUCAUGGAUCUCACAGGGGACCUGGCUGUUCUGAAGGACCAGGUGUUUGUCCUGAAGGAAGGUGUUGAUUACAGAGUGAAGAUCACCUUCAAGGUCCACAGGGAGAUUGUCAGCGGCCUCAAGUGUCUGCACCACACCUACCGUCGGGGCCUGCGCGUGGACAAGACCGUCUACAUGGUGGGCAGCUACGGCCCGAGCGCCCAGGAGUAUGAGUUUGUGACUCCGGUGGAGGAAGCGCCGAGGGGUGCGCUGGUGCGGGGCCCCUAUCUGGUGGUGUCCCUCUUCACCGACGAUGACAGGACGCACCACCUGUCCUGGGAGUGGGGUCUCCGCAUCUGUCAGGACUGGAAGGACUGAACCGCCAGUCCUUGUCUCCCCUACCUCCCUCAGUUGUGGCACAGGGACCCCCAAGCAUCCCCAGCACCCCCCGUGAGUGACCAGACCCUCCCCUGCUGCCCCUGCUGCCCCUGCUGCCCCUGCUGCCCCUGCUCUGUCCCGGGACCCCCCGGGCCUGGCGCUGUCCCCUGAGCUGUCCCAUUAAACAUGGCCCUGUCUCGGUGC